CCCCUGAAGUGGACCAAUCAGACGGCGACAUCACACUCGCCUUCUCGAAGCCUGAUUGGUCGAGUUCUCGCUUGUCCACAGGAAGUGCAUGGGAGUGUUUCCUAGGGGCGGGCCUUAACCGUUAACGACGAACUCCCAGACAGGAAACCGAGAGCGCUUGAACAAACUCAGAAUGGAGCUGCGACCGCUUGUGAUGUGCUUCGCUCUCUGCGUUGUUUACGCCACCAGUAAACCCACGGAAAAAAAGGACCGUAUCCACCACGAUGACCCUCUGAGCAACAAAGAGCACGAUGAUGCCGAGAACUUUGACUAUGACCACGAAGCCUUUUUGGGACAAGAUGAGGCAAAGACCUUUGACCAACUCACACCAGAAGAAAGCAAAGAGAGGCUUGGGAUGUUGGUAGAACGCAUAGAUGAGGAUAAAGAUGGCUUUGUGACAGUGGAGGAGAUGAAGAGGUGGAUUAAGCAUGCGCAGAAGAGGUGGAUCUAUGACGAUGUGGAUAGACAGUGGAAGAGCCAUGACCUCAACGGGGAUGGAAUGGUGUCCUGGGAAGAGUACAAGAAUGCCACAUAUGGAUACGUUCUUGAUGAUUCCGAUCCAGAAGACGGCUUCAGCUACAGGCAGAUGAUGGCUCGUGAUGAAAGGAGGUUCAAGAUGGCCGACCUUGAUAAAGACAUGAAAGCCAACAAGGAGGAGUUCACAGCUUUUCUUCACCCUGAAGAAUAUGAUCACAUGAAAGACAUUGUGGUGUUGGAAACAAUGGAAGACAUUGAUAAGAAUGGUGAUGGUUUGAUUGAUUUGGAUGAAUACAUAGGCGACAUGUACAACCAGGAUGGAGACAACACAGAGCCUGAGUGGGUGAAGACUGAGAAGGAGCAGUUCACUGAAUUCAGAGACAAAAACAAAGAUGGGAAGAUGGACAAGGAGGAGACCAGAGACUGGAUCCUACCCAGUGACUAUGACCAUGCCGAGGCCGAAGCGAAGCAUCUCGUGUACGAGUCCGAUGCAGAUAAAGAUGGCCGUCUGACAAAGGAAGAAAUCGUCGACAAGUACGACCUGUUUGUUGGCAGCCAGGCCACCGACUUUGGGGAGGCUCUGACUCGACACGACGAGUUCUAACACCCAGCUGCCUCCACAGACAGACUGUGUGCUCAUCUUGUGUUUUUUCACCACACUGAUGACUCCUUCCACAGAGUGUAGAACAAGAUGAGCUCACCUAAUCCUGCGCCACGGACAAUAAUUUAUUUAAUUUCUCGAAUGUGUCUCAUCAUCCAUAUAACAACAUCCUACAUCUGUAAGCUUUAUCAAUAUGUUGAUCUUCCUAUUUGACUCUAUUUGAUUUUUCUCCCACACUUUGCUGUUUCUUUAUAGCCUGUGCAAGAAAUUGAUCUUUUAUUUUUGUUAGAUUUGCAGUUUUUUUUGUUUUUGUUUCAAAUGCACUGGGCUGUGUAAUUUGGCCAAAACAGAGAACACUACUAUCUAUCUACUUGGAUGUCCUUCAGUACAUCAAGUUAAAAAAAAAACAUGUUUUCAUAAGUGAUAUGGUUGCUUGGAACCAGAACAACAUAUUAGAUUCUAAUAAUCACAUGGACCAUUUGGCUUCAGUGCAAUAAAACGUUUUAGUGACACUUUGCAACUUUUUCUUUCUGCUCCAUAAUGUCACAAACUCUAUGUUCUAAACAUAGAUUUGAGGCUUUUGCAAAAGAUGAAGGAUUCAAACUAAGUUUGAGGCACAGUUGGUUCUAGAUUGGAUCACCUCUGCCAUCUUACCUCAGAACCUAAAGAACAACAGGAUGUCCACCUGGCUGAUCCAAUCUAAUACUAGCCUUAAGAGACACUUGGUUGAAUCGUAAAAGCUGCUUCCCCUCUGUUCUUUUUUUCAUAAUCAUUUAUUGUGCGUGCAUGUGAUUGUGUGUACAUAUGUUACUUCUGUUCUGAAGACUGAUUUUACUGUAUUUUUUAUGUUAGAGUAUUAUUUGGUUUAGCUCAUAUACUAACUCACUUGUGUGCCAAGCAAAAUUCAUUAAGCAGCUCUUAAAAAUGACUGCUCCCUUAAAGUUUUCUCCUCUCACACAUUUGUUAUGUAUCGUCACUAUCAACAUUUAUAACCACUGGCGAUAACUUCUAAGUCUGCCUAAGUUCUGUGAUGUUCAGGUAUUUGUUUUGUUUUUUACUGGCUCACUGCAGCAAUGGGCCGUUGACUUUUGAAUGAAGUCAGUGUCCUGCAAGCGGAGCACUCUAACAAUCAGGUCAAGUUUUUUCGACUGAGAACAAAGUCUCAAUAAAAAACAUAAAAUU